AAAUCUCACAACUGAGUUGACAUACAAUGGCGUACAACAAACCCUUUAUAACUGUCCUGUUUUUUCUGUGCAACCUGGCUGUGGCACUAACUGAGAGCACAGUGUCUUGCUACAGGAUCGAGCCGGGGACAAUAGCAGGCAUCAUCUGUGCUGAUUUGCUGCUGACCCUUCUCAUUGUCAUUGUGACCUACCUAUGUGCCAGCGUAAGGAGUAAGAAGAUACAAAAUGCUCACAAAGUGUAUAUGAAUGUCCGGGCAAACUGCAAGAGCUGAUCUAAAGAUGAAACCAACAUAAAGAAGAUGUCUGACGCACUUUGUAUCGUGGGUUCAUUUUUUGGAUCCACAGAAGGACAGCAAGAUUGUGGUUCUUGUUACCUGAUAAAUAUGGGCUCUGUAAUUGGCAUUAUCGCCUCUGACAUCCUUUUGACCAUCUUCAUCAUGAUUUCUGUGUUCUGCUUUGCAACUCAUCACAAGAGAAGGAGGCAAUGGGAUUCUCAUGAUGGAAUAAAAAAUCUACCAACAUCAGUUUCAAAGAAAAUGACUACAGAACUCACGGAAUCUCCCUACCAGGAGUUACAUGGAAUCCAAUCAGAUGUGUACAGCGAUCUUCAGCAGUUUAGGAAAUAAAACUGAUUCUGAAACAAAGGAACUAAAAAAACAACAAUACCUUAGCAGCAAUCUAUAACUGAAACACACUCUUCUUGUUCCCUUAAACUCCUGUUGCUUUAUAUGUAAUAACAUUGUAUAUUUAUAUGAUUGCAUGGUUUUUGAAUUUUAUGUGGCUUUUUCGUAAAUCUUAAGCUAAAUGUAUUUGUAUUCAACCAAUUAAACUACAUUUUAAAAAACAAGAAAAUGAUUAAGAUG